AUGGGAGGAAGGAUCAAAGGUGGAACUACAGGAAGUUAUAGACUGCUGUUUUGGAGACCUAACAGGCUGUGUGGAACGGGCAGGGCACUGACGUGGCUUUUUCCUAACUGGACCCUCAUUUUGUACACCGGACACUGCCCACUACUUCGCUUCAGCACGGGUCAGACCUAUGGGCAGAUGACCGGUCAGCUGCUUCGAGGGUUUCCUGGCCUAGCCUGGCCCCCCACCCAUCGCACACUUCUGCCUCCCAUCCGGCCUCCAGCAUCUCCUGAGGUUCCCAGGGGAAGCCUGCCUGUCAGGCGGGGGCAUGAAAGGCUUAGCUCCAGCAUGAUUCCUGGGUACACAGGUUUUGUACCCCAGGCACAGUUCAUCUUUGCCAAGAACUGCAGCCGGGUCUGGGCUGAGGCUCUGAGUGAUUUCACUCAGUGGUCUGAGGGACAAGGGGGUCAACAGCUGCCAAAGGAGGCCAAGGGUAAAAAAGAUGUGGAGAAAGACCAAGAGCCAAAGCUGGAGCCAGAGCUGGGGCAAGAGGCAGAACAAGCUUCCCCCUAUUCCAUGGAUGACAGAGAUCCUCGCAAGUUCUUCAUGCCAGGCUUCACUGGUUACGUGCCCCGUGCCCGCUUCCUCUUUGGCUCCAGCUUUCCUGUGCUCACCAACCGGGCACUGCAGGAAUUUGGACAGAUGUACUCAGGGAGCAGACCCCAGAAGGAUCCCAAACAUCUCCCUCCACUUUCUAGGACCUACCCUCAGAACCUGGGCCUAUUACCUAAUUAUGGGGGCUAUGUGCCAGGGUAUAAGUUCCAGUUCGGGCACACAUAUGGGCAUCUCACCCAUGAUGCACUGGGCCUCACCACCCUCCAGAAGCAGCUCCUGGUGUAGGUACCUGGACUUCAAGUUCUCUCUUCUCUGUCUUCCUAUCUCAGCCAUCCCUUUGGAAGGAAGAGAGGUGGGCCCGAGGGGGGUGGGGGGAGGCACAAAGAGAAAUGGUUUGGAGGCCGAGCACCUUUUUUAUUAAUAGGUGUAAUAAAUAAAUAAAUAAAUA